AUGAAAGAGAACGCCGAACCAUACGGCGGAGUACACGACAGAGAUGAUUUUGAACGACGACUUUAUGGGAAUGGGGAUGAGAAUGAUGCAUAUCUCUUCGACCGGUGGUUUAGAGAGGGAAGAUCACCACCGGGCCAAGGUCGAAGGCGCGCGGCCCACAGAGGCCACGGAGAAGAUGAGUUUCUUUGUGAGGAGGAAUUGAGGCGGGCUGAGGGUAGACGAGGCUAUGGUAGGGACGACUUUCAUGGAGGUCAUGGAGUUGGUAUGGAGGAUCUUUUUGGUGGCUAUGGGGAUGAGACGGACUAUGGGAUGGAUGAUCAUUAUGGAGCAUGUGGUAUGGAUGACAUCUAUGGAGGCUAUGGUGGUGCUGGCGGAAUAGCUUAUGAUAUGGACGACUUCUACGGAGGAUUUGGCGGGCUGGGCCACGGUGUUGACGACUUCUAUGGGGGCCGUGGGGUCGUGAAUAAUUACUAUGGAGGCUACGGUGGCGGAUGGAUAGGCUAUGGGAUGAAUGAUCUCUACGGCGGCUACGACCGCGGUAUGGGUCAUGGUAUGUAUGACUACUACUGA